CUGUAGGCGCGAAACCGCAGCCCUCGAUUUCUCCAGUUCUGGUUCGAUUUAAUAGGUCCUGUACAGGCUGCCCUUUCCUUUCCCUCCAUCAUCCUUUUAUUCUUACCCUAAAAGUCCCCCUUACAAUCUACAGCCGGUCGUUUCUUUUCACAAGAACCCAGGCUCCUACAAACCAGUUACCCUUCAUUUAGAACUCUCCGGACCGCCAUUUUUAACCGCGUGGCCGCGCAAAUCUCUCCCAAGAAUGAGCCAACAGCAAGCAACCAGCUCUCCCUCUCUCCCCACGCCGGAGAGGAGGACCAGAAUGAAAGAGAAGGAGGACCUACAACUCCUCAACGACCGAUUCGUAACGUACAUAAACCGAGUCCGUCGCUUGAGAGAUGAGAAAGAGAAACUGAAUGUCACCUUAGAGCACAUGCAGACCACUACACAGGAGGAGAGCGGUGCCAUUAAGAGGAUGUUUGAGAAGGAGCUUCAAGAUGCACGUCUUCUCAUUGAUGAAACGGCAAAGGAGAAAGCACGCUAUCAGAUUCAGUCCAGUAAAACUGAAGACAGAAUCAAGGAUUUAGAGACAGAGCUAAAGGAGUUUCGUGAGGAUUAUGAUCGCAUGCAACAAGAACUGGCUGAGGCUAAGAAAAGUGCAGAGACGUUUGAGAGCUUGUACAAAUCCUCACUUGUUGACAACCAGUCUGCGAAACAAAAGAUACAAGACCUUGAAGAAGAGAUUGAUGAUUUACGUGCUCGUCUUAGGGAGGUUCAGGACUCUCUGGAGCAAGAGACUCUCGCAAAAGUUGAUAUUCAGAACCAGAAUCAGUCACUCCGUGAGGAACUCGCCUUCAAGAAGAAAGUCUAUGAUGAGGAGUUACUCACUAUAAAACGUACUGGUUUGACCACUGUACAUCGUGACGGUGUCGAGGAGACUGAUGACGAUUUUGCCGAGCGUCUUCAGGCGGCCAUUGAUGAGGCUCGGGAAGAGAUUGAGAAAGAAACUGAACAAUUUAAACUUGACCUUGAAAAGAGCUAUAAGACCAGGCUUGAGUCAUUGGAGUCACAGAGUCAGCGUGACGCGUCUGCUAGGGUACGUUUAGAUGGUGAGCUGAAGAACUGUCACACUACACUGGCUAAAUAUAACAGAGACAUCGCAAAACUCCAGGAGAAGAAUGAACAGCUUGAGAGUUCUCUAAGAGAAAAGUCAGAAGAUCUGGCUCGUGCUAAGCAGCUCCACUCUGCUGAGUUGGCUAACCUCAUGGAUGAGAUGCGUGCCCUGAGAGUCAAUUAUGAUCAAAAGAUGAAAGAAUAUGAAGAAUUGUUUGAUCUGAGGAUACAGUUAGAGCAGGAGAUUGCCACCCUCUCUGCACUACUCCAGGAGGAGGAACAGAGGCUCAAUUUGCAGACGACUCCACGUGAGAAGAGACCUCGUGUUGCUCGUGACGGAGAGGGCCCUCGCUCUAAAAGGAAGAAGCAAGUCGCUGCUACGUCUUCCAGUGCCGUUGGAUUUAUACAGAUCAUUGACGUUGAUCCUGAUGGACGCUUUGUACAAAUUAAGAACAUGUCUGACAAGGUACGGCGUGUUGGAUUGCUGCAUAUUAAUUGAUAUUUCACACUAAGGUUGAUAUUUUAGUGUAUG